UGCACAGAUAAUCAAAACACUUCACGCUUACAUAGCACCUUUGUAAGCUUGUCCCUGUUAACUACGUCAGACAUAUAAGGCAUUAUGGUGAAUACAAACAAUUUAUUAACUUACCUUCAAAGUUAUUGUGAAGUUUGACACAUCCAGCUUAAAUCCUUUGUUGUUGGAGCGUUUCUGGACGUCUGAAUAAUUCUAUAAGCAUUAUUAAUAGUCCUACAGCGACCUAGGAGCCACUGUUAAGGUACUGUUGCCUGCGCACCGGAACCAUUCUAUGUGGCAAAAAAUGCUGAAGUGCUAAAACGGAAGUCCGUGGCAUAUACCCCUAAACUCUCACAGUAUCCACAGUUUGGACGAAGUCAAUGCCUGGCAGGCAGUGUUCAGGGCAUAACAACCGGAGGGCAGAUUUGGACAUUCUGACUCCACCCUCCACCCGCUUUGACGAGAAUAACAUCAGAACGAGUGAUAAAUGUCCCUCAGUAAUCAACACAGAUAUCUGCUGGAGAGAAAAGUAUAUUUACAGCAGCUUUUCAUUAAAUGUCGGUUUUUCUGCUCUAGACACAUUAAAGGGAGUUUAGAAGACUAUUUGGAGCUUCUUCUUCUAGGUUGAACUAAAAUGCAGCUUUGCUCUACUUUAUUCAGGCACUCGUCAAACUGGAUCAACAUAUUAGUAAGAUCAACAUCUUACUGCUGCGUGGAUGCGGGCUUUUGGAGCACCAGUCAGGAGGACUAAUUCAUCCAUCAUAGGAAAAACAACAGUGCAUUAUUUGAUUUUUGUUGGGAAUCCGGAGCCGCUUAUAGUGCACCAUGUAGUUUAAAGCUUUGAGCAGCCAGUAUGAACAAGAGAAGAAUCUGUCCAGGAAUAAACACCUGCUUUAACAAGUGAUAGUCUGAUACUGCAGAACCACUGUUCAACCACUGUGGACAGCAAUACGACUUCAUCCCCUCUGGAUCACGUUGGCAUUUUUUUUUUAAGUUAACACAACUUCUGUUAAGUAAUUGUUGCUCAGAACUGGAUUUGUGAAGCUGAGCCAACAUUGGUUACUGCUACUUUUCUGAUGGUAGCAAGCAUCACUGUUACUGUCAGUGAGGGGUCUGCAGCAGGCUCAAAAUGUCAGUAUGCCUAUUACUCAGGACAACGCCCUCAGCAUUCUCCUGCUGCUGGAGGACUGGCACAGAGCUCAAAUGGUGAGAUCUAACAACACUAACAUAAAAGAAGACAGUUUGGAAUAUAAGGAUGAAGAGUACCACAAUGGAGAAGAAGACAGUUUUUGUGGCAGUAUUCAGUUGGAUGAUCUACCCUUGUGUCUGGCUGCCGCUCAGAAAUUGGUGGAGUAUAUUAAGAUCAAUUUCAUGGAGAGUGACACAGCUCACUCAGCUACAAGCUCCUAUUGUAGAAAGGGACUUGAUGUCGAAGUUCAUGUUGUUUCCUUCAGAAAAAGUGAGGACGAUGCUGUUGAAUUUGGCCUGAGCUUUGGGGAUAUCCCUAUUUUUGGGGAUCCUGAUAUAAAAAAAGGCUCUUCAAGGAAAAAGAGAGAGCAGGGCCCCAUCGUUGACGUGGGCUGCAUCUGGGUGACAGAGGUGAAAAAGAAAAGCCCAGCAGCCUGUUGUAGGUGUAUCAAACUCAGAGAUGAAUUGCUGUCAGUAAAUGGACAACUGAUGGUGGGAGUUAAUGUCAGCGGAGCCAGCUACCUGGUUGAUCAGUGCUGGAAUGGCGGUUGCAUUGAUUUGAUCCUUUUGCGUCGCAUCAAGCGAAAGGCCCCUCUCCCUCCUUGUGUCAAGGGAAGUUUCACUAUUCCUAACAAGAUGGAUCACUGUCAAACCCAGCAGGACAUAACUGAUUUUGAAGUGGUGAACUGCAAACGUACACGCAAACUUGGGGUGAUAUCACGAUCAUCUAACCAAGGCUACAGGGAAAGUACUGCAUCACAGAUCAAAACCAGGAAUCAGUACUCCCUUUUUAAUACUGAUGAAGAAGUCUGUUCUUCACUAGAAGACUGCAGCCCAGACUUGCCUCCUCAGACAAGAACUAUUCAUUCAUACAAUGGAUCUGCUGGAAGUCUGCCGGGGAGAAGUCACAGUCAGAUGUUGGAAUGCAAAAUGAAAUCCUUCAUUAGUGAAGCUACUACCCAGCUGAGAGAGGGCAGUCACAUCUGGAAGAUGCAUAUGGUGAAAGGUCAUGAGGGUCUUGGAAUACAAAUAACAGGAGGACGUGGCUCCAAGCGCUCUUCUCAUGGAAUUAUUAUCAGUCAUGUAGAGAAAGGGGGUGCUAUUCACAGGGAUGGACGUCUUCAUGUUGGUGAUGAAUUACUGAUGGUUAAUGGCCAGUCUCUAGUGGGUCUUACACACCAAAAGGCUGUUUCCUUUCUUCGCUCCACUACUGGUCUUGUCCAAUUGGUGGUAUCAAGUCAGGAGGAGUCAAAAGUGGAUUUUGAACACUUUCCCUCCACAAGCCUUCCGGACCUCAUCAGCACCUGCAGAUCCUCUUCCUCCCUGUUUCAGGCUGCACCCCCCUGCUUUUCCCAGACCCUCAGUAGUACCGCUGGUCUUAACAAUUCCUCCCUGUUAUCACCGCUGGAGAACCUAGAGGAAUUCAAUCAGGGGGAGGCAUCAGAAACAUGCUGCUGCAGUCCUACACCUAUGAAGGUAUCCUGCCAAUCCCAAGGUGGCAGCAGUUGUCUGGAAUCAGUGGGUGAGGAUGAUGAGCUGUUUGUGGAGAGCAUCAUCAGCGGCAGUGAAGUGGCAGAGAAACCUCUAUCUGGUCGACGCAAAUACUCCUUACCUCAUCAACUGGAUAGUGCUAGAGUCAGACAGGAACAUCAGAUAAUUAAGAAAUCAGCCCGCUCCAUGAGCACUGUUCAAGUAGAAUCUCCAUGGCAACUGGCACAGUCGUCUAUUAUCUCCAGCAUAGUGCUGAUGAAAGGCCAGGGGAAGGGCCUUGGGUUCAGUAUCGUUGGUGGGCAGGACUCAGCACGUGGCCAGAUGGGCAUUUUUGUCAAAACAAUUUUUCCUCACGGAGCUGCUGCAGCUGACGGGCGACUGAAAGAGGGAGAUGAAAUUUUGGAGGUAAAUGGAGAAUCUCUCCAAGGACUCACACACCAACGGGCCAUCCAGACCUUCAAGCAGCUGAAAAGAGGGGUAGUGACCCUUACAAUUCGCACCUGUCUGCGCAAUCCCAGCCUAACUCCAUGUGCAACCCCAACUCUACCCAGUCGCUCCAGCUCAUCCAACUCUUAUACUCAUGCGGGCACACCUGUCCCAUUAGGCGUGGAAGGUGUUGAAGGCCACAAGGGUCCUGGUCUAGGUCCAAAAGACUGCAUCGUGAUGGAGGUUACUCUUAAUAAAGAACAUGGAGUUGGUCUAGGGAUUGGAGUCUGUUAUCUGAUGCUGGAGAACUUUGUUCCUGGUAUCUACAUCCACAGCUUAGCUCUUGGCUCCAUUGCCAAGAUUGAUGGAAGGCUCAGUCGUGGAGAUCAGAUUCUGGAGGUGGACUCUAUCAGUCUUCGUCAUGCUGCACUUAGUGAGGCUUACGCUAUUCUCAGUGAAUGUGGACCUGGUCCAGUCAGUCUCAUUAUAAGCCGACAUCCAGACUCCAAGGUAUCAGAGCAAGAAAUGGAUAAAAUUAUUGCUCAGUCAACCAAUAAGGACAAUGUGUUCAGAAACAGACCCUCCUCUCAUUGCCAAGGUCAGUCUUGUAAGAGCAGUCGGGCAGAUAUAAAGUCCAAUGAGGAGGACAGCCCCUCUGCUCUCAGCUGGACCAUGAAGAGGUUCCUUGAGCCUGUCAGCAGAGGAUCCCUGAGCUCUGAGACAGAACUAUCCAAGUACUUCCCUCAUGAGGUUCCUGACCACUCAGUCACAUCUGGGUCUGUUCUGAAGAGCUCAAACAGUGGUCAAGGGCUACACCAGCUGAGCGGCAGAGCCUCAGCAUGUGGCCCACUACAACCACAAGCAUGCAGCACCUCUGUGGCAGAUGUUAACCGCAGCCCUGGAUGCAUAACAUCACACGACAAGACUUCUGUCCCUUUCCAUCAGCAUACAGAGCCCCUUUGCCAUGCCCUCGCUGCCUCCAGUACCACCUCAAUGCGGAGCCCACUUCUCCACCAACGAAAGGUCAUAUACGCAGAGGAUGAGUUCAGUGAUGAUGAGGCAUCAGAUAAAGCUGAAAACACUGAACCACUGACCCAGCAACAAAAACCCACACCUCCACACUUACCACAGAUGCUAUCUAACGCUAUACCUAGUGGAGAAGAGAUGGCUACAAGGCUGACGCCCAGACAGCUCUUUGAAAGGGAAGAUUUCAGAGGUUUACACACUGUUAUCUUAAAGAGAAAAGAAGAAAAGAUGUUUGGGCUGGACCUGGAGAUUAUGUCAUCCCCUCUGAGAGUUAUGAUUGCUGGUUUAAAGCCUGACCAUGCUGCUGAAUGGGACUGUGAAACUAAACUCUGCCCUGGUGAUGAGAUUGUGAAAAUUGGAGGUAAACCAGUUAACUCUUCAAGCUACCAGGAAAUCUGUGAACUAAUGCACCAUCUUCCAGUGAUGCUGUCUGUGGAGGUGAGGCGAGCAACUUCAGUUGUAGAACGGCUGUCCAGAACAUCACCCAGAGCAAGUGAUGAAGUUACAAGAUGGAACCCUACCCAGUCUGUGCAGGACACACCUGCUAUGGCUACAUGGAGAAACUCAGGAGAAUCCAAGAGUUCAACCCAAACUGGAAGGGAAUUUCAACCAGCCAUCACAAAAAUAAUUGAUGUCUCAUCUGAAGGCAGGAUUUCUUUAGAUGAAUACAAAUCCCCUUGUAAAAUAUUCUCUGACUCAUUUACCUCGUGCAAACAUUCUGCAGCCCAGCUGGAGGAUGCCAGCAUCUGUGUUCAACAUAAUGUUUCCAAAAAUGUGUGUACAAAAAAAAACACAGGUGCUUCAGUGAGUGAAUCUGUCCCUGACAACAAUAGACUGGGAAGUGAAGUAGCUGUUGAGACUACUUCAGAAUGUUUGAGAGAUCCAGAUCAGGCUUUGUCUAAAUUACCAUCAGAUGAAAAUAGCUCUACUGUUGCAUGUCUGCACUCUGAGCUUUAUGAAAUAUCAGAUCCCACCUUUGUAGAGCCAUCAUGCUAUGUAUUCACCAAGACAGGACAUGGACCAGCUAGAGAGAGCCCCAUUAACUGUACCCAAAUGAACACUUGCCUCACACAAAUAAGCCUCUCCCAGGAAGACUCUGGUAUCACUCAGGUUCCUUCAGGUGUUUCUGGAGAUGAAUCACAGUCCUCAAACCUUUGUGGGAAUCUGAGUACACACACUUCUUCCCCUGAAUCCAAGACUUCAGAUUCCAGUGGUGUAUCACAUUCUGGAGAUUCUGACUUUAAUAAUCACGUCUUGAAAGAUAAAGCAGAUUUAAACCCAGAGGCUAUGUUCAUUUUUAAGAACACGUCUGAUUUAAAGCCACUUAAUGACUCGGACUGUCCUGCAGAAAGUGAGAAAGUUGAUCAACUGGCAGCUGGCCCUCCAAAAUUAAAUGCGUUAACUAUUCAAAGUAUCAGUUUUGCACAGGAAGAACCUCAACCGAAAGCAUUCAGAAGUGAAAACCUCAUAUCUUUGGACACAAAUAUUGCCUUGAAAGAGUUUACCAAAUUUCAACCAACCGCAAUCGUGUCCAGCUUCUUGAAUUCAAACAAGCAGCUGGAUGUGAACAUUUGCCAUGAAUUAUCCAGAGUCAGUGACAGAAUGCACAGUGCAGCUCAGCAUGGACUCUCUGGAAGCACCAUUCAAACUGUACAAUGUGCCAAAGAAAAAAAUAUAAUUUCUUGUUCCAAAUCACCAGUAUUAUCACUAGAGCAGCCAUGCCCCUCUAUUACCCAGAGGACAUUCAUAGAACUUCAGUUUUCUCCAGCGCCUGGUCUCAUAUCACCACUAUUUAAAUAUAAUAAAGAAACAACUUCAAAACCCAAUAAAGACUUUAAAAUCAAAACAUAUGCAAGAUUAGCAUCUAAGCUUUCUCCCAUUUCCAGGGUUGAAAUAACUAAUGGCAUGACCAAAAGUGAAAUCUUUGAUUACACUGAAAAAGCUCAGCUAACCACAGCGGAUGACCCGAAACCAAGUCAAGUUUUGGUGUCAGAAGAGACCCUGAAAUUCAGCACAUCUAGACCAAACUGUCAAACCAUGUGGGGCUUAUCCAAGGAUGUCACCCUGUCUGCAGGCUACAAGCCUUUUUCUGUUCGACAUAAAAUAAAGUCCUAUGAAAGCCUUGCCAACUUGGAUAAACCUGUGGCUAAAAGCAGUGAUGUUCAUUCCUUUGCAGUAGCAUAUGCAUCCUCACUUAACCAGAGAAUCUCUGGAUAUAUGAACUCGGUUAACUCUGUUGACUGGCGUGGCCACCAAAGAAAUAACAGCUCUUACAACAACUGUUUGACAUCAGUAGCACCCCUCUCCCCACCUCUGAGAAAAUCUGCAGGAAAUGAAAAUCAGAACGCCCCAGGUGGUACCAUAUCACACAACCCUGUGGUGCUGCGAAGGAAACAUGGCAGACUUCCCACCAGGAUGGUGCAUCAGUCUAGGGCUCUCAGUAUGCCCAAUUUAGAAAAACUAUGCACCGAUGACUUCAGUGGAGGAAAUACCACAGCUGGUAAUACAAAUGAUCCCAGCAUCUGCUUAACUGUUGCUCCAAAAGCCAACAUGACUGACUGCUUCUCACCAGCUGCAAUGUUUAGCAGUGGUGAUGAUGCGACUUCUGAGGACACUCCUCAGGGAUCUCCAGACACCAGACGGCCUGGCUGGUCUAUCAGGUUGAAGGAGUUGGUGAAAUAUCCUGUAAGUCAGCGUAAGCUGCAAACAUUGCUUACCUCCCAGACUGUUCAGUCAUAUGUGAUGAGUCUUCUGGAAGAGACCAAGGGCCACUCAGAGCUACAGAAGUCCCAGGACUAUGAAGGGGCUUUUGCUACCCUUGAAACGAGCCCUCACAAGUGCACCCAUCUUGGCACUGCCUGAGCAACAGUUACCCUUCUUCCUGGAUACUGAUGCAAGCGGUGUGGGUUUAGGGAUGGUCCUGUCACAGAUGGUGCAGGAGGAAACAUACUGACAGGCGUCUUGAGCUAUUGAUGACCACCAGAAAUGACUCUGCAAUAAGGUGAGUGUUCGAUGGACCUCAGGAUGACAGGCCAACUUAGAAGCAUGGAUCCACUGGAGAACCUUAGGACGAACACUUUCUGGGACAAACAAACAGUUGGGAGGACAGUCCACUGGGGUGAGUUGUUCAAUCAACUGUUCAAUCUCCCAGGAGAGAGUUGCCACCACACAUGAAGCCGGUAAGACACUCUCAAGUUCCUUUUCCAGAGCCUCAGGUUCAAACUGACGAGAAAGUGCAUYGGGUUUGCAGUUCUUGGAGCCAGGUCUGUAAGUUAAGACAAAGUUGAAUCUUGAGAAAAACAAUGACUAUCUGGCAUGGUAUGGAGUUAACCUUUUUGCAGACUGAAUGUAAGAUAGGUUUUUGUGAUCAGUCCAGACUACAAACGGUUGUGUAGACCCCUCCAGCCAGUGACGCCACUCCUCCAGAGCCAGAUUAACUGCUAGUAGUUCUCGGUCCCCCACACUGUAGUUGAGUUCAGGAGGCCUGAGUCUCCUAGAAAAAAAGACUUAAGGCAGUAGCUUGUGUGCAGAGCCCGAAUGCUGGGACAGAACCGCCCCUACUCCAGUGGCCGAUGCAUCCACUUCCACGACAAACUGUUUCUCAGGAUCCGGGUGAAUGAGGACUGGUGGGGAGGAAAACAGUUGUUUAAGUUCCUUAAAAGGCCACUGCUGCUUCCGGUGGCCAUGAGAAGGGCUGCUUAAUAGAAGUGAGGCGAGUUAGUGGUUGGGCAACAACGCUGUAGUUCUUUAUAAACUUACGAUAGAAGUUCGCAAAACCCAGGAAACGCUGGAGUUGCUUACAUGUACUGGGUUCUGGCCACUCCACCACUGCUUUAGCCUUGGCAGGAGCAGCUCUAAUCUGUCCAUCCUCAAUGACAAACCCCAGGAAGUUAACUGUGGAAAGAUGAAAACUGCAUUUUUCCGCUUUAACAAACAGUUUGUUCUCAAGCAGCCUCUGGAGAACCUGACGAACAUGACCGACAUGCUCCUCCUUGGUCUGUGAGAAGAUAAGUAUGUCAUCUAAAUAAACGAACACAAAAUGAUUUAAGAAAUCCCUCAGAACAGGGGAUUUUUUAAAUCGAAGGCCUGGAAGACAGCAGGGGCAUUAGUUAGGCCAAAAGGCGUCACCAAGUAUUCAAAAUGGCCUAUACAUUUCUUAAAAGCAGUCUUCCAUUCAUCUCUCACGUAUCCGUAUCCUGAGAUGAUAGGUAUUUCGUAAAUCAAAUUUGGAGAAGAUGGUUGCCCCCUGCAGCAGUUCAAAAGUCGUGGACAUCAGAGGUAAUGGGUAUUUAUUCCUAAUAGUGAUUUUAUUUAACCCCCGAUAGUCGAUGCAUGGGCGUAAUGUUCCAUCUUUCUUUCCUACAAAAAAGAAACUGGCACUCAGUGCUCAGUGGGGAUGACGAGCGACAGAUGACACCAGCUGCCACAGAGUCGUUGAUGUAGGUCUCCAUGGCUUCAUGUUCCUGCUUGGACAGGCUGAACAAGCGACUGUUUGGCAGCGGAGCAUCUGGCAGGAGCUCUAUCGCACAGUCGUGCGGUCGGUGAGGGGGGAGCGAGGGCUCGGGACUUACUGAAAACGGCAGCUAGGUUGUGGUACUCAGGAGGAACCAAUGACAGGUCAGGGGGAUCUGGACUGUCACAAAAACUCCCACAAUUAGGCUGGGCAGCAUGAAGACAGUUAUUAGAACAGGACAGACUCCAGCUAACUAUCCUUCCUGUGACCCAAUCAAUAUGGGGAUUAUGAAGUCUCAGCCACGAAUGACCCAACACAAAAGGAAAUCUGAAGGAAGGGAUUACUUUAAGUCAAAGAACCUCCCUGUGGUUCCCUGAUGUUAUCAACAGGGGGAAUAUCUGACAUGUGACAGAAAACGAGAGCACCAUUAAGACCCUUAGCAGAUAAUGGUGAGCUGAGGGGUUAAAUAGGAAUGUGAAGUUUUUUAAUUAAGUCUUCAUCAAUAAAGUUAUCCUCAGGUUCAAAAUCAAUUAAGGCAGUUAAUGAGUGGGAAGUUGACUGGUGGCAAAGCUUAACCUCAAUUAGCAGGCAGCUGGUAGAGAGUUAGGGAUUGCCUGUGCUGCUCACUAGAGUGAGCAGUACGGCUCUAAUGAGCCUUGUCUUUUGGCCGUACAUGGCAGCUGGAAAUUCUGUGUCCAGGCUUACCACAAUAGAGCCAGUCACCAGUUUGAAGACGCCUCUGUCUUUCUUUGGCAGUCAGGUGUGUUCUACCCAUUUGCAUGGGUUCGUCGUCAGGGGGCCCUGGAGCCUGUGACUGGGCCGGCGGAAAGACAGGGAUGGCGCUGCUGCGUUCCACAGUAGACUGGCCGGAACGCUCUUGUAAAGACGGAUACACAUUGUGAUUAGUGAGUUCAAGUCCUUGGCAUCAUCACUGACGGACAGACCGUCCUUUAAGGCCUCAUUUAAGGCUUGAUAAUACACUCCUUUGAGUGCCUCGUCGUUCCAUUUUGUGUCAGCAGCCAGUGUGCGAAACUCCACUGAGAACUUGGCUGCACUAUGGGAGCCUUGGCGCAGGCUCCCGUAAUGCCUGCGCCAAGGUGUGAGUGGUCACAGCUCAGCAGCAGCUGUGACAGGUCCCCCCCCUCAAGGCGCCCCUCAGGACAGCCGACGGACUCCUCGACGACCGUAGAAGUCACGGAUGAGCUGAGGGUCCAGGACAGCAGAACACGCCACCCAGCUCCGCUCUUCAGGACCAUACCCUUCCCAGUCUCAUAAUUAUGACUUUGAAAGUCAAAUUAUGACUUUGAAUCUCAUAAUUAUAACUUUCAAAGUCAA